GAACGAUUUAUGAGCGUUUUGCCGUCCUUCCGUUACUUUAACGUGAUCGAACGGCUGGAAUCAACAGCCCAGGCCGGUUGGCUGAGUCCAGCUCCGCGAUUUCUCUUUCUAAACUCGGAGCCCCCAUCCCCUCGCCAGCACUGAUUCGUUCGUUGCUCCUUUCUUUCUGUAGGUUUCCUCUCCGACUGCAUCAACAAAAUCAUGUUGGAAGAUGCACUGGGUCCUGAUCCUUCAAGUGCUGCCAAAUUGAAUGCAGGUGCCACAGAUCCACAACCAGCACAACCAGGGCAGCCAGGACCUUGGCCACAGCCGGGACCUUGGCCUGGGCAGCCGGGACAGCCGGGACCUUGGCCUGGGCAGCCGGGACAGCCGGGACCUUGGCCUGGGCAGCCGGGACAGCCGGGACCUUGGCCUGGGCAGCCGGGACAGCCGGGACCUUGGCCUGGGCAGCCGGGACAGCCGGGACCUUGGCCUGGGCAGCCGGGACAGCCGGGACCUUGGCCGGGGCAGCCGGGACAGCCUGGACAGCCGGGACCUUGGCCGGGGCAGCCAGGACAGGCGGGACCUUGGCCGGGACAGCCGGGACCUGCUGCUGGACCAUUGACACUACCUUUUGAAAUUCCUACUCAAGGAGGUUGGAUUCCAAUGAAAUUGCUGACAGUUGAGGGAACUAUCAAUAUGAAUAUUGACAAGUUUACCAUUGAUGUUUUCUCCGGCCAGAAUAUUGUUUUCCAUUUUAACGUUCGCUUCAGGGAAGGUGGCAAUCAUCAGGCUAUUGUUCGAAAUAGCAAGAUCAAUAAUGUUUGGGGUAAUGAGGAAAGAGCUAUACCAAAUUUUCCAUUCAGGAAAGGAGAACAUUUUGAAUUACUGAUUCUUGGUGAACCAGAACAAUACAAGGUGGCUGUGAAUAAACAACAUUUUCUUGAAUUCAAACAUCGAUAUAAGAGUUUGAGAGAAGUGACCAAAGUCAGCAUCUACGGCGAUAUCACUCUUCAUAAGAUGUUUAUGGUGUAAACUCGGGAUACUCUUACUAAAGUGACCGCUAGUAUUUGGAUAUAUGAAAAUUUGAGCACUUAUUACUAACUGGUAAACUUUUAUCAUACUACUAUACUAGAACCACCAGAUCAGUCUCGGAAUUAAUUACAUUGUAAAAGUAUGGAAACAGACUAUUCAGCCUAUCAAGCAUCUGGUAGUUUUACCAUUUGACCCAUAUUGCCCCAUCUCAUUUCUUGCUUACAUGCCUUAUUCUUUUUACCACUUUAAAAUUGCUUUUAGAAUAAUUCAUGGACUUUUCUUAAUGAUUGAGAGUUCUUCACUUCUAAGAAUUGUAUCCUACCCUCUCAUUUUUGCAUGUAAGGUUGUGUGGAAUUAUUACCUAACAUUAUUUUAACUCCUUAAAAUAUGUUCAUAAUAGCAAAAUGCCACAUGGAAGAAAAUUGACAAAAACUUAAGGAAUAUUAUAUGUAAAUUACCUGAGCUUUGUAUUUCCUUAUAUUUUGGGCACUUUUAUUAAAUAUAUAUGUAAACACCAAAUGCAUUUUAUUUCAAU